GGAUACAAGCGGGAAAGGACGUUAAAAGCUGCGAGUUUUAAAUGGUGUGUGUGUGUCUUCAACUGUAUAAAACAUUACUGUAAUUCUGUCUUUAAUGCUAAAUUUGUUGGCGCUUCAGUGAAAAAGUGUUGGGAUUUUUUUAUCGGGGCCGUUCGUCAAUACUUUUCACUCUUCGCUCUGCUUAAAGUUAUCAGAGUUUUCGUCUUGAUAAGGUCAGAAAUUGAUGUUUGUGUGUGAAUUUUAUGUCAUUUGUUUGAAGUUAAUUCUCGCCAAGUCACACAAUUAGUUGCCCGACGAGUAGUAAACUGGAUGUUUUCCUUAGAAAGCCAGCCAAGAUAUUUCGGGAAGUGUGUCAGCACCGUUGGACACAAUUCGCCACGCGGGGGUGGUGGGGCUGUGGGGCUUGGCCCCCUCCCCCACAGAAAAGUUGACUAUGAUCCGACAAUCUAGCCUCACCAGGCUGGGGGUCAUGAUCAACACUGCUGUCAAUAAAGGAAAAAAUAAUUCUGGGAACGGUGACAUUCAAUGGUGUUUUUCUCAGGUGAAAGGGACGCUCGACGACGACGUUACCGAAGCGGACAUCAUAUCAUGUGUGGAAUUCAACCACGAUGGAGAUCUUCUGGCCACUGGGGACAAGGGAGGAAGGGUUGUCAUCUUUCAAAGAGAUCCAAUUAGUAAAAAUUGCAUUCCAAGGAGAGGAGAGUACAAUGUGUACUCCACCUUCCAAAGUCAUGAGCCUGAGUUUGACUACCUCAAGAGUUUGGAGAUAGAAGAAAAAAUUAAUAAGAUUAGAUGGCUCAAGCGGAAAAACCAAGCCCAUUUUCUCCUAUCCACUAAUGAUAAAACAAUAAAGUUAUGGAAAGUGUCGGAGCGAGACAAGAGAGUUGAGGGUUACAACACCAAAGAGGAGAAUGGCCAAGUUAGGGAUCCCACAAAUGUUACUGCAUUGAGGGUACCGGUGAUAAAGCCAAUGGAGCUGAUGGUUGAAGCAUCCCCACGGAGGAUAUUUGCCAACGCUCACACAUACCACAUAAACUCCAUCAGUGUAAACAGUGACCAAGAGACUUAUCUGUCUGCGGACGAUCUCCGGAUCAACCUGUGGCAUCUGGAGAUCACAGACCAGAGCUUCAACAUCGUAGACAUCAAGCCGAGCAACAUGGAGGAGUUGACAGAAGUGAUCACUGCAGCUGAGUUCCAUCCCCAGGAGUGUAACUUGUUUGUGUACAGUAGCAGUAAAGGGACAAUACGCUUGUGUGAUAUGAGACAGGCAGCACUUUGUGAUAGACAUUCUAAAUUAUUUGAAGAACCUGAAGAUCCUACAAAUCGCAGUUUCUUCUCUGAAAUCAUAUCCAGUAUUUCUGACGUGAAGAUUUCAAAUUCCGGCCGAUACAUGAUCUCAAGAGAUUACCUUUCCGUUAAGGUUUGGGAUCUUCACAUGGAAACAAAACCCAUAGAGUCGUUUCCGGUUCACGAGUAUUUGCGUUCCAAACUAUGCUCGCUGUACGAGAACGACUGCAUUUUUGACAAGUUUGAAUGCUGUUGGAGUGGCAACGACUCAUGCAUCAUGACUGGCUCAUACAACAACUUCUUCCGCAUGUUUGACAGAGGCACCAAACGGGAUGUCACUUUGGAGGCUGCUAAGGAGAUAGCUAAACCCAAAACUGUCUUAAAACCAAGGAAGGUAUGCACUGGAGGCAAGCGAAAGAAGGACGAGAUCAGUGUGGAUUGCCUGGACUUCAACAAGAAGAUCCUACACACAGCCUGGCAUCCCUCUGAGAACAUAAUAGCAGUGGCAGCCACCAACAAUCUGUUCCUACUGCAGGACAAGUUGUAGCCCCAGGCUCUCACCUGCCUCCCCCUGCCUCUGGGGUAAACCAAGGCAGUGUCAAAGUGGGAGGAGCUCGAUGCGCGGAUCGCGCGAAGCCUUAAGAAAUACACACUCUGGUGACAUUUGGGCUUCCAGUGCCAUGGGUGUCGCACUCGUCUGUGUGGUACAAGGGAUUAGCUUGUUUUGUGCCUUAGUUUGACAAAUAAAUAAAGCUAAUCUGUUUUUCCUUCUGGUAGAUAACUAAACAAGCAUAAGCUUUAACUGUGGCAUAUUUCAAUGUUGCGGUGUUGAAUAUAUUAUUAUGACAACUACUAUAAACAGUGCAGCUAAUUUAAUAUUUGACUCCCAGUUAAAUUUAUACUGUUGUGUACACAUAUUUAUUUUUGAGGUUAUGUGACCUAUAUAUAUGAAAUAGUAUUUUUAUAAAUUAUCUUGUUUUUAAGUAGCAUACACAUUUUUUACGCACAAUUGAAUCGUAGUGUUACCUCAGUACCACACAGAUGGAAUGUUGACCGCUCGGACAGAACAAAUCUCGAGAAUCAAAAUAACUCACAUGUGCGUUGUGUGAAGGUAUUGACCAAACAGUGACUUCGAGUGGAUCGAAACAUUGUUGUUGUUGAUUAUUGUAUAUUUGCGACCUUAAAAGUUAUUCAUUUCAUUUCUUAGGUUUAUGUGCAUCACAGAUGUAUUUAUAGAUAAUUUUAUAAUAUAUAUUUUCUUAGGAAACGAAUUAAAACCUGUGAAUGCUUUGUAUGUUAAUUUAAUAAGUUUUAUGGUACUCUCACUAAAAUUUCAUGAUCACAAUGUACGAAUAAACCUAUCCAUUGCCUGUCUUCUUUUAACUAUAGUAGAUUUUGUAAUCUUAUUACUGGAAAGAAAAUUUACUUGUAAAGAAAAGUUUGCUAUUUGUAAGAUUUCAGCAAUAAAAUGCAAUAAAUUAUAUAAAAUUUACUUAAACCUAGACUGGUAUUUUGUUUUAGCUUUAUUGUUUUUAAGUAUUUUCGUACUCUGCUUUAUUUUAUGUUUAAAAUAUAGCCAUGUAUACAACUAAUUGAGACAUAUUAUGAAUAUAUUUAAUGAUGUGUGAUUUUUAAUGUACUUUGUUUAAUAUUUGUAUGUUAGAGCAGAAAAGAUUUUAUAUGACAAAAAGUGCUCAAUUUAAUUGAAUUUCAUUUAUUGGUAUUAGAUUGUUUUGUGAAUUGUGUACAUAUGUAAUAUUUUAGUGUUAGGAAGACAUUUUAGUAUUAAAAUUAAUUCUUUUUUUUUACUUAAUUGUAUUAAAAGACCCCAGUCUUUUAUUUAUUCCCCUACAAGCUUUCAAGAUACAGGUAAUAUUACUUCAUGUCAAAUUGCAUACAAUACUUGAUUGUUUACAUGUUACAUUUAUAGUACCGUUUUCUUUUUGUAUAGUUUUUGGUUAUUUCUCUUGUUUUGUAUUCAUACAAGUAAUAUCUUACUAAGGGUUUUAUCUGUAGUUGAAAACCUUCCUUGACAUGACUGCAGUAAAUUGCAAAUGAACUGUCUAGUGAAACUAUUUUCUCCUGAUGCUGUUUUAGCAGACAACAAGAAAAAUUACAUUUAAACUAAGGAGUUAACAACUCUCAAUUUAAGUAAGAAUUUGAAAUUCGGUCUAUAAAUUUUAAUCAGUACUGCUGGUGUCUUAAUUACAUGUUAUUGUUAUAAAGGAAAAUUUAUUUUGUAAAAUUGUAAAUAUUUAGUUGUAGGCAAUGUUUCAUUAACUACCAACUCGAAGGCUGGAUACGUGAUUUUGUAUAUUUGUAAUUGAUCUAGUUUAUUUUACAUUGUGGUCAUGAAGUGUCUCUGUUAGUAGUUUAUCGUAAUAUUUGUGGUUUUGUAUCAAACAAAAUUAUGAACAAAUGUAUUAUGGUUCAAAAUAAUGCUUGUUAUGGUAUAACCUCAUUUACCACAGUUAAAAACACUUUUUAAGAUCUCUAUUUUUAAUAUGUUGUAAAUUUUAGUUACUGUUUUGGUUUUUUUAUAUCUCCGGUGCUACUGAAGCAAAUUUAUCUGCUUUAGCUUCAUCUCAAUGAUAAGUAUUUAAGUACUCAUAUUUAAAAGUAUAUUAAACUGUCUGGCUGCACUUGGGUACAGAACAUUACAAAAUCUAGUAAUUUCAAUUUAAAUUCCACAAGAAAAGUUAUACUAAUUUAUUUUUCUCAAUAAAACAAAAUAUAAAUCACA